AUGAUGGCCCACGAGAUACCUUUACCCAUACACCAGGCGCAGUAUAGGACGCCUCCCGACAAAGCCGACAAGAACCCCAAGAACGAUGGCGACAGAAGAUUGCCCAACGGAGAAAAGGUGAACUUUGGCCACGGGUCGUCCAAGCCAAAGGGCUCUAAGAACGCCACCAAGAAGGAUGAUGGCUCCAAGAAGAAGACCUCGCGAAGCACCUCGCCCGCCCUCCCGAAUGGAUCCAAGCCCAACUUCCACCAUGAUGGCGCCAGCAAGCCCAAGGAGCCUGCGCAGGGCAAGAAGAAGGGUUCUAAGAGUAAGCCUAGUGUCGACGCUGGUAAGAAGAGCGAGCCUUCCUUGCCGAACGGCGACAAGCCUAACUUCGGUGGUGCUACCAAGGCGGUCACCUCCAAGAAGACUAAAUCUGCCCAGCCAAAGGACAAGAAACUGCCUGCAGAGGCAACUUAUGCUGGAUCGUCUUUCCACUCGUCGCCCGCGGCGUUGGCCUUGCCCAAGCCCUCAUUCAAAUCGUCUACAAAGAGCAGCUCGGGUCCCUCUGACGAGGUUGCUGACUCGGGUGCUUCUUCUGCCAGCACUGCUUCGUCGCCCUCUUCGCAAGUAGUACAUCCACCUCCUCAGUAUCCAGUCACCGCCUAUCCUCCAGGCAGCAUAGUUCCCCCCAAUGGGAUGCCCAUGUAUCCUCCACCACAGCACCACAUGCCACCAAACCAAUUCAUCCAGCCAGGGUUCGUUUAUAAUUACACUCCUCAAGGAUACAUCCAAUACCAAUACCCUCCUGGAAGUGGACAUUUCCCACAAAUGCAACCCCCACAUCCGAUCUCCAACCCAAUAACCACCCACUUCCAACAACCGCUCCCACCAGUCGGCCAAGCGCCCGCAAAUGCACACAUGCAUGCCUCCAGCAACGGGGGUCACAAGAUUUCAUUUAAUGAUUUAUUGGGUUCUAGCAAAGGUUAG